AAGAAAAAGAAGGCGAAGAAAGGCAAAUGCAAGAAGCAUUCCAAGAGCAGCAAGAAGGCGGAGCGCAAGGAGAGUAUAGACACCAGCAGCUCCUCUAACAGCGAUUCGUCGGACGACGAUUCGGAUAGUGAUAGCAGCAGCGAAGACAGCGAGGAGGAGGAGCGGCGGAAAAGGCGCAAGGCCAAGAAGAAGAGGAAGGCGAAGCUCGCGGCGAAGAAGAAGCGGAGCAAGGCCAUGCGCUAUGCGGACUCCUCCGACUCGUCUGAUUCUGAUUCAGACUCUGAGUCAUCCGACGAGGAGGAGGAGGAGGAGCCGCGCCGCCGCCAUCGCCGGCCGAAGAAGUCGCGGAGAGCUGCUGAGCCCGAGUCGGAGACGGAAGAUGGUCUUGAUGAUGCUGUGGAAGAGGAUGAGGGGACGAGGCUACGUAACGAGAUUGCGACCUUGCAACUGCAACUCCAGCAGCAACAGCUGAAUGCUGCGAUAGGAGGAGGAUCUAGGAGGAAGAGGGCCGCGUUCAAGCGUGUGGACCAGUUGUGGGACAGCACCAUACAUAACUACAAGUUGACGGAGAGUGCCGAGGAUCAAGUGGACGAGUUUAAUGAAUACGUCUUCACGGUUCGUAGGAAGUUUGACUGGGAAAACAAGUAUCGCAACACCGUUGUUGACAUCAAGUCGAAGCCUCUACGGGAUGCGCUCGGUGAAGUCAUGAAGGACGUGAAGGGUGUCUCAUUAGUAGAAGAGCAACCUAGUGUUGAUCCCAACAUGCUGUUCCUCUACCUCGAAGAAAUCAAAGCACACUACAAGAAGACCCUCAAGGCUCAGCUAAAGAAAGAGAAGAAGCGGAAAUUAAAGAAGAAGCUGUCUUUGCAGAUUGCCCACUGCAAGCUGCUUGUCACAUAUAUCAACGAGGACUACGAAGAGACAAAGAAGACGCUCUACCCGAUGCUGAAGGCUGGCAACAUUACAUUCGAGCUCCUUUGGGCUUUGUUCAAACCCAAUUCCCUCGCCUACACGGCCACCUACGGAUCCGUGGACGACCCUCGUUGCUUCAAGGUCGACUAUGCAAACAAAGAGAGCUCCUUCAUCCGCGGAGAAUGGUAUUGUAUUGAAGGGCGCUACCUGGAGUAUGACGGCAAGCAUUUCGGCCUUGGCGACUUUGAAGUCCACGUUGAAUCCUUCAAGGGCCCGCGGAAGAUCACAAGCUUAACCACAUAUCCCCUGAAGUACCACAAGGAUCCAGAGGGCCUCAAGAAGCAGCUUGUGGAGCGAGGCAAACGCUUUGUCGCGAUGCAGGGCAUGAACUACCGCUUCCAUAAAGGACUUGCUUUCCAGAAGAAGAAGAAGGCCGUCGCGAAGGUCAAUAUCAAUGGAAGAGUCAUGGUAGACCCUGCGAUCUUCCGGAGAAUCAAUCCCAACUAUCCAAUCUCAUUGAUCAAGCCCAAGGACACCGAGGACCCUUUCAAUGACAGCGAAUCGGAUGAUUGCUCCGACUGCUGUGACUCCUCGGACGAAGAUGGUCCUGCGGAGGGCGGAGAAGGCCCGUUGAACUACAAUGAAAGCAAGGAAGAGCGCGAGCGAACUAGGACGAAGGUCGUGUUUGACAAGGACGACAAAGUUCAUGUCAUCACGGUCCCGGUUGACGAGGACGGAAAGGAAAUUCAGGUUGAGAAGCUUGACUCGAUAGAGACCAAGGAAGGCGUCAAGACCCACCAAUUCAGCGAAGAGGAACUCCUCAUUGCCUCACCCGUUGUACUCGGCUUUGCGUUCUCCGAGAAGCUAUGGCUCGAGUUCUCGCUCAGCGGUAUCCGCGACAUUGAGUGGAACGAGGGCGCGUUCUCCUCCCUCGUCCUUCCAGCCGCCCACAAGUCUAUCGUCAAAGGCAUGGUCUCCAGCCACAAAUUCCACGCCGCGGAGACCAUCGACGACGUUGUUCAAGGCAAAGGGCGCGGUCUCGUCUUCGUCCUGCACGGCCCUCCCGGCGUCGGCAAGACCCUCACCGCUGAAGGCAUCGCCGAGUACCUCAAGUGCCCCUUAUACGCCGUGAGCGCCGGCGAGCUCGGCACCGACAGCCGCGUGCUGGAGCACGAGCUCCAAAAGAUCAUGGACAUUGCGCACUCGUGGGGCGCGGUGCUGCUCCUCGACGAAGCCGACGUCUUCCUCGAGAAGCGCGAGGUGCACGACAUCCACCGCAACGCCCUCGUCUCCAUCUUCCUGCGCCUGCUCGAGUACUUCCAGGGCAUCCUCUUCCUGACCACCAACCGCGUCGAGACGUUCGACGACGCGUUCCAGAGCCGCAUCCACAUGCCGCUGCGGUAUGGUGAGCUGACGCCGAAGGCGAAGAAGGAGAUCUGGAAGACGUUUGUGGAGAAGGUGCGGGUGGUGGAGGGGCUGCAGGUCACGCCGUUUGGGGAGAAGGACUUUGAUGCGCUGGCGAGGAAUAAUCUGAAUGGGCGGCAGAUCAAAAACGCAGUCCGCACCGCCCAAUCCCUCGCCAUCUCCGAACAGGAAUCCUUCUCCCUCGAGCAUAUCAAGCGCGUGCUCGAGGUUGCCGAGGACUUUGAUCAUGAUCUGAAGGGCGGCACGGGGUAUCUGGAUGCGAUGAGGAGCUAUACUUAGCCGCACUCUGCGGUAGUUAUACUCUGGUGUUGACAGCAUGCUUUCUUUGGCAUUGCGUUGGGCGCUAUGGUGACGAGCAACGAGCGACGACUUCUACGAAUCAUUCUCGCAUUGGGCUCAUUUGUAGUUUGUAGUCUCAUCACGGCAUUGGAUCGGAUUGGAUUGGCAUGGCGACGAUGGGUCUAAUUCUGGGCGCGAACGAACUAAGAGAUAUGGGUUACGACUAAAUUGGGCUAUGCUACAAAUACGGGGGGGGGUUUUUUUGGAUAGGU